CGCACUCGCGUUGUUAUCGACCAUCAGGAUAGGAGGCGAGUGAGCCGAGCUGGCUCGAGCAGCACCGAGCGGCGCCGAAUCGUGGACGGAGAAGCGAGCAGCUCCGGAGUCGUCCCUUCGUCGGCCCAGGACCUGGAUCCCGUCCUGCCGAGAACUGCGAGCGAGCGUCCGGCAGUCGGUAGUCCUGAGACUGUGCGCGCGAUUCGCGUUUCUCGCCGCUCCGCGUGAAAUCAUCCCGCGCCGUUCCGCGCCUCGGCCGAGCGGGGGACGCGUGAAGAGACGGUCGUCGCUCGUACCUUCCGAGAGAGAGAGAGAGAGAGAGAGAGAGAGAGAGAGAGAGAGAGAGAGAGAGAGAGAGAGAGAGAGAGAGAGAGGGACUUAGCAUCGAACGGGCCAACGCUGUGUUUACAUCUCUCCCAACAGGACGCCAGGAUCCCCUGGCGCUCUCUCAUCUUUUCGAAAUCUGUCAACGAGCCGUCGUUGGCCGCUUACUCGAGCGCCAGGUCACGUUUACUUCAGGACGUCGCAAACGAGCAACAAGCCAUUCGCGACGCCUCCGCGGAGCUCGGCGUGCGAAUGGCACCGUGAAGACGUUCCUCGGGGACUCGCCGUGGACGCAGUUCGAGUUGAGUGCCGCGGUCGCCUGAUGUCGCACCUCCUUGGCAGCGCGAUGUGCGUGCAGUCGUGUUGACGACUUCGUUUUCGAGCACGAGGUGAGGGGAGACGCGAGACAGCUACCACGACGACAACGACGACGACGAGGAAGUUCAUGAUUAAUCGCGCGCAAUGAGAGUGACGGUGUUCCAGAGGUGUGUUGGUCAUGCCUCGUGACUGUGUACCGUCGACUGUGCGAAUACUUGCCGAGUGUUUCGGCGACUUUACCACGUCACCGGGGAGCAUGGAGAAUCUCGUCGAUCAGUCUCGUAGCGGCGUCACGGAAACGUGGCCGAACCGCAGAUGAGGAGACUGUCGAUCGCGACUAGGGUGACUACUCGAUCGUCGAGGGAUGAGAUCGUAACGAAAUCGGGCGAGGUGCCGGAUCGCGCGUGAGAAAGCGAAGCGUUGCACGGAUGUAACGCGAACGAUCCCGACCACCGGCCCCGGUUGAAAAGAUCAUGGGCUCCUUGCCGAAUCUUCACGAGUUGUCCAAGGACAAGCUGGAAAGCCCAGUGUACAGACCAGCGCCGAUCGGCAGUCUCGGGCCGAUACGAUUACCGGCGCAGCCUCCACCGUUGGCUCACACGCACAGACGCGCCAGGAGCAGCGGGCAUCAUCAUUCUACUUUGAGCGACAAUGACACGAUGAUGGAGCACAUGGCGACAUACUCGCCAAUCUCCUGCCGGUCGACUCGCAUCUCGGCGCUGUCCUGGAGACGUCGCGACUCCAUGAACUCGUCGGCGGGCGCGUCGUCGGUGCGCCGGCUAAUCGCGGCAGUCAGGGCGGCGCCGUCCGGGCCGCGGCCACCGCGCAGGGCGAUACUGCGUCACUGCGUUGCUCUUCUGCUGGGACACGCGGCCUGCUCGGCCGCGAUGCUGCCGAUCUUUCCGCUACAAGCGGGCCUCGGCGCGUUCGAGCCUCACCUGGGCCCGAUCCUGCUCGCUUUGCUCUACGCGAUCGCCACCGUCAGCAGCUGCUUCGCGCCCAUCGUCGUGCAGAAGCUCGGCACCAACUUCACCGUCACCAUCAGCCACUUGGUCACCACCAUCUUCGUCGGCGUGCAUCUGUAUCCCAAGUGGUAUAUACUCCUGCCCAGCUACGCGAUGCUGGGUGCCUGCGCCACCCCGAGUUUCCUGGCGAGGACGUCGCACGUCAACGUUUCGGCGACCAGCCUGGCGCUGGUCUGCGUCGAUCCCGAGGAUCCUGACGAGACGCGGCGCGAGUGCCUGCUGAGGAGACUCAAUCGGGGAAUCAAGUUGGCCGAGGACAUUGGCCUCGCAUUCGGUUGCGUCAUCGCCUCGAUCCUCGUCAGACUGACGGACUUGGUGCCACCUAGCAGCACUGUGAACAGCGACGUCGGGGACAUCUGCGGGGCCGAGUACUGCUCGGAGGAAACGUACUUCUACAACGAAUCGCUCUACGUGCCGACAGUCACGUGGGGCACGUCGAAGGUGCUGGUCAGCAUCUGGCUCGGCUUAGCGGUGCUCGGCCUGAGCAUAUCCUGCGCGUUCCUCGACUCGAGGAUGCAAGAGCCGCAAGCAAGCCAAGACCGCACCACUGCCCGCAGUAUCCUGAAGUCCGUUAAAUGCGCGUUUCAAGAUCCCAAGCUGCAGCUCGCGGCGCCGCUCACCCUCUUCAUCGGACUCGAGCAGGGUUUCAUCUACGCCGAUUUCGUGGAGGCGUACGUGGUGUGCGCCCUGGGUGGCGUCGCCACAGUGACUUUAAGCUUCCUCAGCUUAGCUGUGCUGCAGGCCCUCGCCGCCGUGACGCUCUCGAUGCUACUGAGGCACAUUAAAAGGUACUUUGUCGUGGUCGUGGGCUGCGCCUUCCACGCCUGUCUUUUGCUCGUCUUGCUCACCUGGAGGCCGACGGGAGACGACCCGGCGCUCUUUCACGUCAUAUCAGCCGCUUGGGGAGUGUGUAACUCCAUCUGGGAGACUCUGAUAUACACACUGGUGAUGGCUCUGUAUCCCAAUGCGUGGCACGGACCACUGUCGACAUCGCUCUUUUGGCGUUGGCUCGGGCUCGCUCUCGCCCUCGGUCUUCACGGUCUCGUGUGCACCCGCUACCGCGUGGUGGGUCUCGCGGCCACUCUGGUCUUGGCGGUGGUGCCGUACCUGUGGCUGGAGAGCCGCUUGGCGCGCCGCGGCAAGACGCUCGCGCCUUUAUGACCGGGCGAUUCCACCGCUAGCGAGCGGUGCUCCAGCGUCGAGACGACAGCCACGACGGAGACGAGACAUCGAACCGACUGAGAGCAAGCCGUUCCGUCCGGCUUGAGAUUGAUCAGGAGAAGAAGCCGGAGGAGGAGCAGCGGCCUGACGACGCAGCAGCCGAAGCAACAGCGGAAGCAGAAGCAAAAGCCACAGCAGCAGCAACAGCAACAGCAACAGCAACAGCAACAGCAGGAUCAGGAUCGCCGAUCAAGGUCAAGCAGCGGCUCGUCGACGGCAGUCAAGAUCAAGACCCGACGCAGGGCGAAUAGCGUCGCUUUCGCCUGCCGCACCGAUAUCGGCCUGCCCGACGACGACAGCCCGCCGCAGCCGUUGCUUUUCGUCACGGACGAGCGUCGCAGAAGCGCUAACGAUUCCGCCGAGGCGAAGGAGCGUGAUCGCGCCGCCAUCACCAGCAUCUUCACACUCUCGUGAGAUGACGAGACGGCGAGAUGACUCUCGCGUUCCGAGGGCGACGUCCACUCACGAGUCUGAAGGGAGAGAAACGGCUCGUGGACAGUCGCGCUGCGGUCAUCAGCUCGCGUCGCAGUCGCUUCAAUUCCGAUCCACGAUGGGUGUGAGUGAGCCCUUAGGGUGGCUUUUGCGAAAGUCUGCUUGGACUAACGGACGGAUUAACUCAGUCGACGGAGUUACCAUUCUGAAGAAUGAAUAGCUUCUUACCAGAAAGGAAACCGCCCUUGUGCUCUCCUGAUAUUUGUAUUAUCAUUUUAAGUGAUGUGUUUAUAUUAUGUGAGAUCCAACUCAACGUCACUUAUACUCAUUUCUAUCAACCUUGGUUAACUUAACCAAGGUUAGUUAUUCCAACGGAAUUGACCAAUCGCAUUUAUCAUUAAUUAGAAUUGUUAAAUGUAAUUAGUCCAUUCCGAUGGAAUAACCAGUCGGUUAAAUUAAUCACGGUUGAUAGAAACGAACAUUACGCCUGUUUUUACCAACUGUGAUUAAUUUAACCGGUUAAUUACUCCAUCGAAAUGGACCAAUCGUAUUUACCAAUACUGAUUGAUGACAGAUGCGAUUGGUUAAUUCCGUUGCAAUGAUAGCCGGUUAAGUUAACUACGGUCGGUAGAAACGGGCAUUAGCAUAUGAUUCUUUGUUUCUCUUACUUAACCGCCCGUUAGUUUAACCGGACUCUGGCGAAGGUCACCCUUGCUUGGCCCUUUGUUCUAAGCCCACAACUGUAACUUCGUUUUCUGCUAAAAGCGUGUCCCGCUGUUGCCUAAAGUCGUAAUAUUCAAGCUUCAAAUGAGCUCGUCCGAGAUUCCAGCUAUUAAGACAGCGUGGAAAAUGCCUUUCGCCCGAAGUGGUAGGACUUGGAGCAAACGGCUAAAGGUUUUCUACACUUGCCUAUUGUAGACCGGGCCUAAGGAGGCGACUCCGUUGCAGCGUGAGUGGAGCUUAGCGCCGAAUGGUGAACGCGACCGGUGGCCGCGAGGAGAGAAGCUCUCUCGAGAGCGCCGUUGAAACGCACGUUCUUCUUUUUCUCCCGCUUCCUUUUCUUCUUCGUACCACCGAUCGAUCUCGGUGCUCGAGCUAGAAGAACGAGGCGUUGUCUCCUCCGCACACACACUUGCGUCCUGUUGGUGCAAUCGCGACGCGGAGAUCGUCAUACGGCGCUACGCUCGUACUCGUCGCAUGAGCGAGCUGCGCGCGCUGUGUACCUUCUGCGAGUGUCGCGUUAUUUCGCGACCGACUCGGGAAGUGGCGAGUUCCCUCGCGAAUUUGGAGCGAGGACGGCGACGAUCGAUGAACACACGCCGCCGUGGCCGGCGCUUUUAAGUUCUCCAGGCGCGUCUAAGUCGCGAUUAAUGAGGGAUAGCUCUCUUCUCAAAGCUGGAUGGAACGGCUGUGUAUACGGACACUAUAUACAUAUAUAUAUAUAUAUAUAUAUAUACUCUACACAUGCAUAUGUACAAGCUUUUCCCCGCUACAUACGGUGCGAUCGAUGCACACGACUGAAUAGCGGGGAAAUGAUACGCGGUA